UGUUCAGGAGCAGCAGGCUGUCUGUCUGUCUGUGUGUGUCUGUGUGUUAGAGAAAGAGACAGGCAGAAGGAGGAGGAGGAGAGAUGGCGGCGGCGGCGGAGCCCCGGAGCGGGGGAGAGGGACACCACCCCGGGGACGGAGACCGGGAGCGGGACGGGGACGGAGACCGGGCGGCCUUCGAGUGUAACAUCUGCCUGGACACGGCGAGGGACGCGGUGAUCAGCCUGUGCGGACAUCUCUUCUGCUGGCCGUGUCUCCAUCAGUGGUUGGAGACGAGGCCGAGCAGGCAGCAGUGUCCGGUGUGUAAGGCUGGAAUCAGCAGAGAUAAGGUUAUUCCUCUGUAUGGGCGCGGCAGCACCAGCCAGGAGGACCCCAGAUUGAAAACUCCACCUCGACCUCAAGGGCAGAGAACAGAGCCUGAAAGUAGAGGGCCGUUUCACGGGUUCGGGGACACAGGCUUCCACAUGUCGUUUGGAAUCGGUGCUUUUCCCUUCGGUUUCUUCACCACAGUCUUCAACACCAACGACCCUUUUCACAGAGCAGAUCCUCACUAUGCAGGAGAUCACCAAGGCAACGGUAACCCCAACAACGGCAACAACUGGCAGGACUCGCUCUUCCUCUUCCUCGCCAUCUUCUUCUUCUUCUGGAUGCUCAGUGUGUGAGAGAGAGAGAGAGAGAAAGAGAGAGAGAGUGUUAAUGCGCGAGAGAGAGAUAUUUAGAGGGAGAAAGAGAGAAAAGAACACAGAGAUGGACAGAGAUGGUUGUAGAAAUACAUAUACACACACACACAAACACACAAACACACACACAUGUAUAGAGAGACACACACACACACACACACACGGUACUGUUAAUAGAUGAAUAAAUGAACUUUAUGUAACCCCGCCCCCUAUCCAGGAUGUUUCAUCUGGAUAAAAGUGUUUUUUUUUUUUUUUUUUUUUUUUUUUUGUCUUUUUUUUUAUUUUGUGGGGAAAAUAAAUUAUUCCUCUGCUCUGUUGCUUUUUCACCUCUCUACUGACAGAUCAGGCUGAACACACACUCUCUCACACACGCACACACUCGUACACUCCUACACUGAGAAUCAGGCUGUCCCUUAUGUGUAUAUAUAGAGAGGUGUAAUUUAAUAAAAUAGAAAAGAGAGAGAGAGAAUAAUAGAGAGGAAGAGACACACAGUGUUAAAUGGCUGCUUCACUAAACUGCAAAACAAAUAUCUUAUUGGAAAUUGCCAGCAUCUCAUAUAUGUUGAUAAUAUAUCUAAUAUAUGUAUCUCAUUAUGACAUAUUAACAAUAUUAUUGUUAUUAUGGUAAAUAUUUUAAGAUUAAGGCCCUUUCACACACAUAAUCUGAUUUUUUCAGACAAACAACAAAACACCUGAGAGUUAAAAACAAUGCUUUAUGUUCUUCUUACAUUGUAUUCUGAAUUCUGGAUUAUUGAAUUUUGUAAGUUCUGUAAGUUUGUAAAUUCCGACUCCUGAUUCUUUUAUUAGUGUUUUUCAAUGAGGAUUAAUCUACAGUUACAGUAGAUACAGAAUCACAUGACAACCAAGGGGAGCCGGAUUUCAGCUAAUCUCUUCUUUAACUUCUGUUUGUUUCUUCCAUUGAUAAACCAGAUCAUGGUUCAGUAGAUCCACCUGUUAUUUUUUAAGGCGUUUUUACACCUAUUGCACUAUUUGGUCUGGUUAAAUCGAACUCUGGUUGGUUUGUACUCUUGGUGUGGUUUGUUUGAGCAGGUGUGAAAACACUGAUUUCACUCUAGACCUGUGAGAAGAGAUGGUCUUGGUUUGGUUACAAACUAAACAGACUAUAAAAUAUACUCCAUGUGUUUAACUAAACGGCUUUUCAGGUGCAGUUUAACCUGAUUUAUUACGCAGAUAAUAAUUACUGCAGCUAUGAACUAAACCUAAUCUCUGCUUCAUGCUAAGCUGUUUCACACUGAACGCUGUAUGUGUUACUAGACGAAAAUCCCAGUGAAAACACUGUGUUUUAAUGCGUGUUCAGUGUUAAAGCAGCUUCACACUGCACAGAUAUACGUUCAGUUGUUUAAUACAGAACCUUCUUACUCUAUUUAAUUUCUUGCUCCUGCGCCAGACAGCUCUAAACAAUCAGAGGAGACUAAUUAUGUAGAAGUAUGUGAGUAUCUCACAUUUGAGUGAGUUUAGGUUUUUGCCUGUGUGAAAACAAACCAAACCAAAGAGAAAUCCUCCAAAUAAAUGAACUUAACUAAUUUCGACCAGAAAAAAUAACACUACAGGUGUGAAAACGGCCUCAGUUAAGCUAAAUUUUAGUAAUUUGUUCGGUGAAAGCAGCCUUAAGAUUUGUUUUCUCUCCAUCAUUGAUUUUUGCUGUUCAAACAAAAUUAGUAAUUUUGUGACGGCCCCUUAUUCACUUUUUUCACCCUGUCAAAAAAUCUAAGCCUUGAAAGGUUUGAAAACACACUUAAACACACACUUCUGCGUAUUUGCAGGAGUUUUCGUCAAGAUCAUAAGAAGUCAGCUCUUACUACACUGCAGAUAAAUCGGAUCAUAGCUGAUCCAGACUGAUACCAGAUCAUCUCGUUAGACCAAAUUCUGUUUUUUUUGGUCCAGACUGAAGCUUUAAGACCCUAAAAUUUGGUCUGAAUCAAACAAAAUGUGUGUAAAAGCAUGUUUUUGAGGUGAAUAGAUUUUGAGGUUCUAUCUUCAUCGUUGUUUUUUGCUUUUUGAACAAAAUGAGGAAUUUAGUGACGGCCCCUUAUUCACGUUUUUUUUUUACCCUGUCAAAUAAAAUCAAAGCCUUGAUAAGCUUUGCAUACACACACGCACACACACACUCCCGAGUCGUUGCAGGAGCUUUCCUCAAGGUCAUAAAAAAGUCAUUUAAACAGGUUUCACGAUCCGCAACAGAUUUUCAUACCAAAGAAAAACCCAAUUUUUUUUACAUUAACUUUUACAUUAGUGCAGAAACACACUGAGAGAAAGUGUUAAAUGUAGGAAAAUCAGUGAAUAAAUAAAGCAGCAGUUGAAUAUGUUGUAUGUGAAGUAUUAUACAGAUGGAGGGGGGGUUGGGGGUGGGUAAUGCCCCCCUAUUCUCUCUCUCAGCAGCAGUAGUUCCCGGCCUGUGGGUCUAUCAGUGUUCAUGUUAUUUUGUCCCCGAGCUGCUAGUCACAAAUCUCUGAGAGCUCUUUAGGAAAUUAUUAAUUGAUGCUAAUGACCAUCAAAAAUAUACACUACCAUUCACAAAAAGUGUUUUUUUAUUAUAUUAAAAUGUUCUACAUUGUAGAUUUAUACCAAACUCGUCCAAAUUAUGAAGAAAAAACAUAUGGAGUUAUUUAGUAUACAAAAAAGUGUUAAACAAACCAGAAUAUGAUUUAUAUUUUAGUUUCUAUAAAGUAGCUCCUCUUGUUUAGAUGAUCAGUUUUGAACAUCUCUGCUGGAUUUUCUCAGUCAGUUUUAUGAGGUAGAGUCUCCUGGAAUUCAGGCUUUCAGUUAACAGCUGUGCUGAACUCAUCAAGAGUUAAUUACUUGAAUUUCUUGUCUCUUAAUAAAGUGUUUGAGAGCAUCAGUUAAUGUAAAGUAGUGAAGAGGUAGAGUUACAGGAAUACAGCGAAGAAUAGUGAAGAAAAAUAGUAUCCUCAAGUGCAGUCACCGCAAAGACCAUCAAAAAGGUUAUAAUGGUGGAACUGGCACUCAUCAGGAUUGCCCCAGGAAAGGAAGAGCGAGACUUUCCUCUGUUGUAUAGGAUGAGUUCAUCAGAGUUUCCAGCCUCAGAAACUGCAAGUUAACAAACAGCUCCCCAGAUAAGAGUAUCUAAAAGCUUCUUCACAGAGUAUUUAGGUUUGUUUAACACUGUUUUUAAGUUACUACAUGAUUCCUUAUGUGUUUCUUCAUAGUCUGAUAGGUUACUUCGCUUGUUCUUGAAUCACAUGACCAACAUUAACAAAUGUUGGGUCACAUGACCAAAAUUGUUAUUUCCAUUUCCAUUCACACAACUGGAAACAGUCCAGAUUCAGUUCAGUUUCACAUCAAACCACAUCUUAUAUAUUUAAUGAUUUUAAUGAUGAAAAAAUGUAGAAGAAUAAGAACAAUUUCCCUCUAAAAAGUAUACAAGCAAAGGCUGUUAACACGUCUUAAGCCCUAUCUGGGCGGGGUAAUUUUCUCUUUUAUGGGUUUUUUUAUCCUCUGUGAUUUUAUUCCUGUCCGGAACGAUCGUGUACGUGUUUUUCUCUGAACUCCGUGCUCCUCUGGUAAUUUUAGUCCCGUCCAGACUCACAUCUCUGAGUUUCGUCUCCUCGCCUUUAAUAAAAUAGCUAUUUGUCCACUGCCGCGCACCGUAAUUACACUUUGGGCGCGCCACAGUUUCCACGGAGAUCCACGUUAAAAACACAACAGCGAGUGGAAAUGGAGGAGCUACUGAACACCACUGAUGUCAUGUGACUGAGAAAAAAGCCAAAAAACUCACUGCUCCUCCUGUUUUUUUCAAUAACAGUCCAGAUGCAGGAGUUUUAUUACCUGAGUAGAAGUGAGAAAUAUAUAGAAACUAAUCCUGUCCGGAUAGGACUUUAUUUUUAUUUCUUAAUUUUUGUUAGAAUCUAUUCUAAACUAAGGUUAAAAUUUGAUUUAAAGCCGGUAUUUACUAAUGUGGUUACUAAUGCUGUUAGAGCAGCACAGUAAACCACAUUAACUCUGUUAUAUUUUAUUCUAUUAUAUUAAACACCCACAGAAAUGAAUAUAAUUUACAAUGAUAAUAUCUAUAAUUGCCAAUACAUAUAAAUAAUUUAAAUAAAGUACCUUUCACAGUAUAACCACGACCACACCAGCUACACCGUAUCAUCUGAUACCGAGUAUUCUCCCGACCCUUACCCGUCAGUGUGUGUGAGUGUGUGUGUGAGAGUGUGUGUGUAUAUAUUUUAUGUGUAUAUAUGAAUAUUGUAAAUGAUGUUUUUAAGUGUAUCUUCAUUGUUUGUUCUUCGGGGGGAGGGGUUUGGGGUGGUUGAUUGACAGAUGAGCAGUUAUAGUGUUGAACUGUAAAACUGUAAAAUCUAACUUUUUCUUGCUCGGGACUUCCUGAUUGGCUGGAAGCGUCGCCGUGACGACAGCGAACGACGGAACAGCCCGACUCCUCUCAAUCAGCGAUUCUAAACUUACCUACUCAAAAUUACACACAAUUCUGUUUAAUUUGGUCCAGGAUCUGAAUUUAAUUCGUUUAUUACUUUAUGGUUUAUUAUGGAGUUUAUUAUGAGGCAAAAGUACAAAAAAUCUGAAAUCUAUAAAGAAAUUUAUUGAACACAUAUUUUAAAAGAUACUUUAUUACUUUUUUUCUCUUUGCAGUUAUUUGACAUCUAUUUUCAUUUGCAUUUAAUUUGCUUUAAUUUUGGUUAAUUUUGCUGCUGAAGUCUUUAACACAGUUUUUCACAACAGAAGCAAAAGACUAAAGCAGAAAAACUAAAAUCUGCAAAAAAUCACAAAAAUAAAAGCAAAAACUGCUAAAAUACAAACAAAAGUAAUUGUAUCCUAAAUUCUAUCUUAAAGUAUUUUUUUAAAAAAUAUAUAAUUUCUUAAUAUAGUUUUAUUCUAUUUUGAAUUCAUGGAAUAUACUUUUUCCUUUAGAUUCUCAAAAAAAGUUUAAAACUAAGGAUUUACAAACAAAAAAUAACAUCUGAAAACACUUUUUUAAGAAUCAAAAGAAAAAAUAUAAAUGUUGCAAAUUUGAAAGAGUAAAAAAUAAGAGUAAUAAAUGUCCUUUACAGUUAUUUCACAAUUAUUUUUAGUUUGUGUUUUUAACAGUCUACUUUCAUUUUUGAUUUUGGAUUUUUGAGGAUUUUACUGCUUAAGUUUUUUUUUCUGAUUUUUGGCACAAUUUCUUUUUUUUUCCCACAGAAUCACCUUAGGAGCAAAAUCUACAAAACAAAAAAUUAAAGCAAAGACUGGUAAAAUAACUGCAAAGAGAGAUAAAGUGACCAAGUAUCUUUAAAAAUAUAUGUGUAUUUCUUAUAUAUGUUUUUUUUUAUUUUGAUUUCAUAACAAAGGUGUUAAGAAUAUAAAGUAAAAAGUAUGUUUUUAGAUUAAAUUUUUUCGUAUGAAACUUUUGCCACAAAUUUAACUCCGUAGUUUAUUGUUGGUGAAUCUGAAUUCUGUAAUCUGGAUUAAUUUCAGAUCCACUGGAACUGAACUGAACUGGACUGAGCCCUUUUCUGUUUCAUGAUUAUUAAUAUUAUUAUAUUAAAUAUUAAAUAGAGUAAAUUGGUGGAGUUUGGUGAAGCGGUUCUGGUUGUGAGGAGUCGUCGGGGUACUAGAACUCUUUUUGCAUAUCACUGUUUAAUCCACGCCUUUGUAUUACUCGUCUUUUUGACAUUAAAUCCAGUAAAGGAGGAGAUUAGUACUGGGUUCUGUGGGAGAUGAUGGUCAGAUUGAUGAAUCGUUGCACUGAAGGUCGGAGGAAAACUAAUCGACUGUGAUCCGUUUGCUGGCAGUUAAUAAAUGUUUCAUACUGCA